AUGAAUUGGACGGGCGGUUCACUGCAGCGCACUAAGAAAGCCAACUCGGGCAUGCUGCAAAGGCAGAGAGCGUAUUUUGCCAAGGCACGAACAAACCUUCAUAACAUACCUCAAACGCCUAUUGCUCCCUUCUGCCCGAGUUAUCUUCGCGACAACAGCAAAUCGGAUUCUCUAGCGUUUCCUUCAUUUGAGUUGAUCUCGGACCGACACUUAGAUGGCCCGAAACGCAAGGCCCCAGACAAGAAUGUGGAGAUGCAACUGCUGGAGGCGAAUAAGAAAAGGUUGUUAACCCAGGCAGAUUGGAUCGGCAUCGACGCUUCAAAGCCAGUGCAACUGCAAUCUGUGUCGUGCAAGCAGAAAGAGAAGAUUGGCAAGCGCAGAAGAAGGAGUGGAAAAUGCCGCGCGCAGAAAAGACAGUGUGUUGAGGGAGGAUUCAAACCAAAAAAGCCUCAUCUCGAGCACCGGUCCUUUGCUAAGCUCUUGGAAAGUCGUGCUAACCGGGACGGACCCAAGAACAUAGAGAUUCGCAUAGGCACAGAGGCAUUGGCAGAUGGGCAGUCUGCUCAGGUCGAAGAGUGUGCGCAAUCGGAAGCUUGUUCAAGCCCGAUGCUUUUUGAGCAAGACGAUUUAGUUUCCCACGUCUCAGCGACAUGUGAAGAUGCUCGGCACCAUGGCGAUGCUUCAAGUUGUGCGGAGUCUCGCAAUCUGCGUUUUGUGUUUAGGGGCCGGGCCUCUCCCAUGGGUCUACGUACUCACCACGUAACGGGCAGGCAAGAGAUGGAUGAAACACGGCUACUCGAAGAACGAACAUCGGUCUCCACAUGCCAGGCCAAACAUGUGCAUCGGGUCACCAAUGACAGCGAGGAUCCAAGUGUAUACGCAAUCGUCGAUCAAGAACCCUGGAUGGCGUAUCUCGCAAUUUCCGACGUUUCUUCACGGGCAAACGACACGGGAAUUUGUACCAAAGACAAAUUGCAGCUCAAUGAGAGCAUUACAGGAAAUGAGAGUGGGUAUGACACAGGAUGGUCAAAGGGCGCCGCCAUUCAGGGCGAGGAGGACGAGGAUAGUGAAGGUUUUAGGGCAGCGUCAAGAUGCGAGUCUUUGGCUUCGUUGAGGCGGGGUACAGGGAGAGCGGCAACAGGGUAUGUGCCGGAGAUGAAAGGCAUUUGCGCAGACCAACCAAAUUGGAGCCAUGUACAAACUUUGGACGAAGAUGAGAAGGAGUGGCAGGCGUUUGUCUUGGGUAGCGACCAAAGUCGAUCCUUGCCAAGGGUGCAGGUGGAUGCACGCCGACGUUUUGCGCAGACGGUAGUAGAGUAUGCGCAAAAGGCAUGUUCAGAGCAGCUGCCGCUAUCCGUUGCAGCAAGUUGCGCAAGCACCCCGCCACGGAAUGAAGCCGAAAUUCCGUAG